AUGGGAUCAGGCAAGCCUGAAUCUAGCAGCUACAAGCUGUUGUCAGAUGACGAGAGUUCGGUCGACAAUGGCCACGUUUGCAGCCGGUGCGAAUCCUCUAUUUCGGACGAUCGGGCCUGGAGGUCAUUCUCGGCUUUGAAGCUUGUUCUGGCUUUUGUCUUGUGCCAAGUGCCCAUUCUGCUUUUCAGCUUCGCGGUCUUCCGGUACAUCCUUCAAAGCAACGAGAGAGGUAGCGACACGUACGACAAGAAUGAUUACCUUGCAUUCGAAACGUACAACGCGACCGGGACUCCGUACAGCAUUGUCGACGCAGCGGAUCCGUCGAAAGACGCGGACAAAUUCUGGAAUGAUUUGAAGAGGUACACCGGUAUCAUUACUGUAGACGACGCGUGGGCGGAGAGCAAUAAUCUCCCGCCCACUGUCAAAUACACUCAUGACCCGCAACUCCGAGUUUAUCAAGUGAAUGUCUUCCACUCUCUCCAUUGCUUGUACCGCAUCCGAAACAGACUGAUCUCGAAUGUGCCGAUGGAAAAGUGGCCGCGCAAUGACAUCCACACAAUGCAUUGCGUGGACCAUCUGAGAGAGGAGAUUAUGUGCAACGUCGACGUUUCGAUGUCGGGGUCAAACGAGUUUGUUGCUUUCAAUAAUCACAACCAUGACCGGAAGUGUCGAGACUUGGCCGCGGUGCAAAGGUGGGCCCAGGAACAUACUUGGCUUGGCUAUAAGGAUUACCUUGAAGGUGUCAUUGGAUACGACGCCAAUGAGGCCGAGCGAGUUAAUAUGGCACUUGCAGGAAAGGGUCAGUGGAACAAGGCGAACAGCACCCACAACAAGGAGACCGGGAAGAUUGAAGCUUGCUGA